UGUUUCCAAACCUCUAACCUCGCUCCCUGCGAUUCGCGCUCAGAUCUGCAACUGUUCAUCUCAUCAUCGAUCGAUCUCCGUGUUCCGACGAUGUACGGAUUCGAAGCCCUAGCCUUCAACAUCCAUGGCGGGUUCCUCGAGGCGAUCGUCAGAGGUCACCGCGCCGGCCUCCUCACCGCCGCUGACUACAACAACCUCUGCCAGUGCGAAACCCUAGACGACAUCAAGAUGCAUCUCUGCGCCACCGAGUACGGCCCUUACCUCCAGAAUGAGCCUUCACCCUUGCAUACAACGACUAUCGUGGAGAAAUGCACUCUCAAACUUGUUGACGAGUACAAACAUAUGCUAUGCCAAGCCACAGAGCCAUUAUCAACCUUUUUGGAAUAUAUUACGUACGGCCACAUGAUUGAUAAUGUCGUCCUUAUUGUGACUGGAACCUUGCAUGAAAGAGAUGUCCAAGAGCUUCUAGAGAAAUGUCAUCCACUUGGCAUGUUUGACAGUAUUGCCACCCUUGCGGUCGCCCAAAACAUGCGUGAGCUUUACAGGCUAGUCCUUGUUGAUACACCACUGGCUCCAUAUUUCUCAGAGUGCAUCACUUCAGAGGAUUUGGAUGACAUGAAUAUUGAAAUUAUGAGGAACACUCUGUACAAGGCAUACCUCGAGGAUUUCUACAAGUUUUGCCAGAAACUAGGUGGUGCGACUGCUGAGAUCAUGUCUGAUCUCCUUGCAUAUGAAGCUGAUAGAAGAGCUGUCAAUAUUACUAUAAACAGUAUUGGCACUGAGUUGACACGUGAUGACCGGCGAAAGCUUUAUUCUAGUUUUGGUUUAUUAUACCCUUAUGGUCAUGAAGAACUUGCUGUCUGUGAGGACAUUGACCAGGUUCGUGGUGUAAUGGAGAAAUAUCCACCAUACCAGUCAAUCUUUGCAAAACUAUCUUAUGGAGAAAGUCAGAUGCUUGACAAAGCAUUCUAUGAAGAGGAGGUGAAGAGGCUCUGUUUGGCUUUCGAACAGCAGUUCCACUAUGCUGUUUUCUUUGCGUAUAUGAGAUUGAGGGAGCAGGAGAUUAGGAACCUAAUGUGGAUAUCAGAAUGCGUGGCUCAGAAUCAGAAGUCAAGGGUCCAUGACAGUGUCGUGUUCAUCUUCUAAGUCAGUUCUAUCUCAAAUCAGUUGAGAACUCAACCAUUUUAUAUUUUGCUGCAUAGUCAAAAUAAUAAAAUGCAAAUAUUUGUUGCUGGAAAUGGGAGAGAAAUCAAGCUUUUAGGCAAUAUUUCUUUUCUUAUGGCUUGUGUAUUGUAUAUUAUAAGCUUAUAUUCUUGCUGUCAAUAAUCAGUGGCGGUUGUUCUAUGUACAUCUCUCAAGUUGGAGAUGGAUUUAUACGUAAGCUGGACAUGAAAAAGAAGAACAUUUUUAUAUUAUCUUCUCAAAGCUUUGGUUCA